GAACCCUACCACCAACCAGGUACCAGCCCUCCGUCAAACACGCCGCCGCCGCUAGGCCAGGCCAGGCCUAUAUAAAACGCGCAGGCGGAAAGUAUACUUGCGAGCCACGAAAGAAAGAGCGGCGGCGGAUCUGUUUCGUUUCCUUCUCGUUCUCUUGCGCGUGCGAGGAAGAGCACCGAUCUCCAUCGAUGGCUUCUGCUGGUGCGUGGUCCAAGAGGUGGCUCCGGCCCGAGGUGUACCCGCUCUUCCUGGCUACUGGCACGGCCGUGGGCAUCUGCGCCAUGCAGCUCAUCCGCAACAUCACCACCAACCCCGAAGUCAGGGUCACCAAGGAGAAUAGGGCAGCAGGCAUCAUGGAGAACUUCGACGAGGGGAAGCAGUACUCACAGCACGGCUUCAGGAAGUUCAUGGACAAGCAGCGCGCCGAGAUCAUGCCGGGGCUCAACUCCUUCAUGGCCGACCCGCCCAAGUAAACGACCGGAGAGAACAGAGCUACAUGCUCGUGGAUGACUUUUAAUUUCAAGAUUUGGCUGCGAUUUUAAUUCUUUAUUACCAUGAUUUGAUACAUGAUUUUUGUAUCGCCUUACAUGAUAUCGUGGCUUGGCUGUGAACAGGCCUAGCUUGUGGAGUUUUGGUCGGAUACAAUCUUGAUCUGAAUAACCAGCAUAUCCUGGAGGAUUGUGCGAAUUUAUUCAAUUCUGCAUACGACCUUGCGAAGUCUUGUUCCUGCUAGUGCCAUAAGGGCAUAUAUAAUGGGAAUGUUUAUAUGAGGUGCUUACGGAAAAAAAUGAUUUAUUUUUGUCA